AUGGCAAUUGGCAAGACACACCCCUCAGAAGAGCGCGUUUCUGAGCCACAAAUUACACAUCUGUCCGAACUAGAAGUCUCGCAGCCCGUCGUUCUCGAACCUUAUCACGUUGAUCUGCUCCCCGAAUAUGGUUAUGUCAGUCGGGAGUAUCUAAUAAGUGGUGUGGCUGCUGGCGAGUCAUAUUGCACGCGUAUCCUCCUACGGUGCCCCGCGGAUUCGACCCAUUUCAGUGGUUUAGUUGUGCAAGAGCCGUCGCAUCUAUGGGGAGGGACAAGCAUUUGGCGACAUAUAAACCGAUGGUUAAUGAGAAAAGGCCAUGCAUGGCUCGAGGUUGAUUCACAGUCUCCUUCAGCGAUCGGCAAAAUCAAGAACCUCGACCCCGAACGCUACAAAAAUAUGCAUUUCAUUCCUGGUCCCCUGGCAGAUGAGUUUAUGGAUACUAUACCAUUCAUGACGAAUGUCACGCGGGAGAUGUUGGAGCAAUCAUACGUUGAUUUCAAGGAGAAAUGGUGGCCUGCGACGACCCAAUCUCCAGAAAUUAUUGCGGCGGCUUCCUGCGCACUCCGUUCCGGAAAAUUAGGGAUCAAAGCUACCAGAGUAAUUUUGACAGGUCUGUCCCAGACAGGAGGCGUUACACGGCGAUUCAUUACACACUCAUCCCAUCUCAGACUGCCAGAUGGCAGUCUCCCAUUUGAGGCGUUCAUUCCCUGUCAGUCUGGCGGAAGAGCCCUGCCAGAUGUUCCAGGAGCCAAGAUAAUUGAACUACUUGGAGAGUCAGAAUUCCAGUCUGUUAGGUUGCCGUGUGGCGUCAGUGGCCAAAUACUCGGUGUCUCUCACCGACGGGCCGACAGUGACUCAUUCAGGCUCUACGAAAUAGCAGGCAUGGCUCAUCGUGAAUCACGAUACCCUUCGGACAUCGAUAUCAAACGCUGGUCAGUCGCAGAGCUCAAUGGUGCAAAAUGGAGCACAUUUCCCAAUUCUUUCAUAUAUCACGCUGUGUUUGAUGCCAUGGAACGCUGGACGAGCAACGAGGCUAUUGCCCCCCCUUGUGGCUCUACUAUGCAAACAAUUGGUUUGAGUGAUGAGAUUGUCCGAGAUGAACAUGGCAACGCGGUGGGAGGAGUAAGGACACUGCAUACAGAUGUGCCGUUGUCUCGUAUUGUUGCGGCUACCCCCAAGGGCCGACCAAAUUGGUACUGUGGUUCUGAGUGGGCAUUUACGCCCGAAAUUCUACGGCAUCUAUAUGGCACGGUGGCAAACUACCGCCGUCUUGCGGGGCUGGCUAUUGGCGAGCAAAUACAAGCUGGCUUUUUACUCCCAGAAGAUGCUGAAGUACUCCGACGAGAAACCGUAGAAGGAGUUACCUUCUAA